AUGCGCUGUUACGCCAGGUUUGUGCUCCUGCUGCUGUGUCUGGUGCUGAUCGGGGAGUGCAGGAAGCACAGAAGUAGGAAAAAGCGCUGGUCUGCGCCCGCGGAGGCGCACAAGCCCGGGACUCCUCUGUCCAAGAAGGUGGCAGAUGGAACUAAAACCCGAAAGCUGAAAACGAGUCACCUCCUGCGAAUCGACGAGCAUGACUUCACCAUGAGGCCGGCCUUCGCAGGUCCAGCCGUUCCUGUGGGAGUGGACGUGCAGGUGGAAAGUUUGGACAGCAUAUCAGAGGUGGACAUGGACUUCACCAUGACCCUGUAUCUGAGGCAUUACUGGAAGGACGAGCGGCUUGCCUUCCCCAGCACCACCAACAAGAGCAUGACGUUUGAUGGGCGCCUGGUGAAAAAGAUCUGGGUGCCCGAUGUCUUCUUCGUCCACUCCAAGAGGUCGUUUAUCCACGACACCACCACCGACAACAUCAUGCUGCGGGUGUUUCCUGACGGUCACGUCCUCUACAGCCUGAGGGUUACAGUCACCGCUGCGUGCAACAUGGAUUUCAGCCGCUUCCCGCUGGACUCUCAGACGUGCACGCUGGAGCUGGAGAGCUACGCCUACACAGAUGAAGACCUGAUGCUCUACUGGAAAAGCGGAGAUGAGUCCCUGAGUACCGACGACAGAAUUUCUCUGUCUCAGUUUCUCAUCCAGAAGUUCCACACCACAUCCAGACUGGCUUUCUACAGCAGCACAGGCUGGUACAACCGUCUGUACAUCAACUUCACGCUGCGGCGACACAUCUUCUUCUUCCUGCUGCAGACGUACUUCCCCGCCACGCUCAUGGUCAUGCUGUCCUGGGUGUCCUUCUGGAUCGACCGCAGGGCCGUUCCUGCCAGGGUCUCACUGGGUAUAACCACGGUGCUCACCAUGUCAACCAUCAUCACAGGAGUCAACGCCUCCAUGCCUAGAGUCUCCUACAUCAAAGCUGUGGACAUUUACCUCUGGGUCAGUUUCGUCUUUGUGUUCCUGUCUGUGCUUGAAUAUGCAGCUGUCAACUACCUGACCACGAUGAGAGACGGAAAAGACCGCAGGCUCCGAGAAAAAGCCCGGGAGCAGUCCCAGACUCUCCCCUGCACCUGCGGCAUGUCCCACGCCAGGACCAUGAUGCUGGACGGAACGUACAGUGAAGCUGACGCCAACAGUCUGGCUGGGUAUACGAGGGCAUCGAUGGCAGCUGAGGACUCUUCAGAAAAACAGGAGCGAAUGGUGGUGCAUCUGUCCCUGGACAAUGAGCCCACAGGGAACAAGCAGAAGAAGGGAAUCCGCGGCUUCAGGAUCAUCCAGAACACCCAUGCUAUUGACACUUACUCACGCAUGAUCUUCCCUGGAUCCUACAUCCUGUUUAAUCUGAUCUACUGGUGUGUGUACUGCUGA